UGGCAAGGAUAAAAGUUGAUUACUUUAUUGGUCUCUGUUUAUUGUGUCAACAUAUGUCAAUAUAUGACUACUAUCAACGAUUUCUAUUGGAUAUUUCUAAAUAACAUUCUCAUUAGAAUGCCGAAAACUAUUCAUAGUCAUGACAGAAAACUGAUUCACAAUGUAUAUAAAUAUCUAUCGCAGAGGAAAUCUGAGGGAUUUGAUUCUAUUUCGUUAAAUAAUAUCACGGAUCUAGUUGUCGAUAUGACUGGUAUAUCUCGGUCUUCUGUUUUAAAAAUACAAAAAGAAGGUCAGACAUCGUCUGUAUUUACGACGCCAAGAAAAAAUAAACCAAAGUCCAAAAAGAAAAUAAAUUUGGACAAUUUUGAUAUGUGUGCAAUAAGAUAUAAAAUUCAAGAAUUUUAUGUAGUCCGUAAAGAAGCGCCUACUUUGAGACGAUUAUUGGUAGCUCUUAAAAAAGAUAUCAACUUUGUUGGCGGCAGAGAGUCUCUUCAUUUAAUUUUACAUAAACUGGGUUAUAACUACAAAAAAUGUAAGAAUCAAAGAAAAAUUCUCAUAGAACGACAUGACAUAGUUGCAUGGAGAGCUAAGUAUCUACAUGAAAUCAAACUUAUAAGAGAGAGUGGUAUGCCUAUCGUAUAUUUCACUGAGAGCUACAUUCCUACUACGCUCAACCAUUCAAAUUUGGAAAGUGAUAAUGAGGCUGGAGUAUCUAAGGCUGUGGCAACCAACAAAAGGUAUAUAAUUGUACAUUGUGGUGGAAAGAAUGGGUUAGUUCCUAAUACUUUAUCAAUUUAUAAUGAUAACGAUAGAGAAAAAAGACUUGAUUUUUAUGAUCCAAUGAACAAAGAAAAUUUCAAGAAAUGGAUGCUGGAAAAAUUAAUACCUAAUUUAAAUAAACCUACCUGUAUUGUUAUGGACAAUGCUGGACAUCAUUCUAGUCAAAUAAAUAAACCUCCAAACUCAAUGAACGGAAAACAAGAAAUUGCUGACUGGCUUACGUUAAAGAAUAUUUCCUACCCUGCUUAUGCCACUAAAGACAUGAUGUUGGCUUUGGUAAAACGGCAUAAACCUGAGCCAAUAUAUGAAAUUGAUCAAUUAGUACAGGAACAUGGCCACAAAAUACUAAGAUUACCACCAUAUCAUUCAGAUUUAAAUCCAUUGGAAAUGAUAUGGGAUAUUGUAAAGGAAAAGGUUGCUGUAAGCAAUAUUAGUGUAGAUAACGCCUUAUUCCUGAAACUUGUUGAAGAUUCUUUUGAGGAAAUACCUGCUGAAACAUGGAAAAAGUACUGCGAACACGUUAAUAAAAAAGAAGAAAAUUACAGAAGUAGAGGAGCAGUCAUAGACACGGAAAUUGAACAAAUAAUUAUAAAUGUUGGUGGAAGUGAAAGUGACACAUCAAACCAAGAAAGUGACUAUGAAUCUGAUAUGUCGUCAUCUUAAUUAAUAAAUAUGUAAUAUUUGUUAUUUUAA